ACUGGGAGAGAUUUGUAGGAGGGAAGAAGGGAGGAAGAGGGCAAGAAAGAGUGAGGGAGGGAGGAGGGAAAUGGAGGGGGGAGGUAUGUGUCACUCAAGGGAACUUGUUUGUAAUUGAGAUAGCCCAGUGGGAGAAUGAUCUUUAGCAUCUGUCCAGAAGAAAUUGUUCUCGACUUGGGUCUCAAACCACUUUGCCUUCAUCUGCCUGCUUAUGCCAAACUCAAAAUGAACAGAAGCCUGCCAUAAUGAAGUUCCCCUUUUUAGUAAGCAGCCUCAUUUUAGUUUUCUUUUAUCUGGGUUGGCAUUUUUUCUUUAGAAAAAAAAAAUGCAGAAGACUGUAACUCUAUAGAGUGUAACUAGAGUAGAGCAUUUCUUUUUCUUUUUUUUAAAUUAGUGAUUAUUUUUAUGUAGCUCUGUCAUUUUCUAAGAAUGCUUCUUUCCUGUGGAAAAAAGUAGCGGCAAGGCUGUUGGAAUUAUUUUAAGCUUAUGGUUGAUUGUACAUAAUGAAAGUUCUCAGCAUAACUUGAAAUUUUACUACAUGUAGGCUAGCUAUUAUAUUCCUUUUUCAUAUACACACAAAACAGUUUUACAUAUUACUAAAGUUAAAUAAUCUCUUUCUUUGCCUCUCUACACCUCCUACAAAUUGAUACUUGAAACUGACCUUAUAAUAUAGUUUUUGCAUAAAAAUUAGGUUAGAGAAAAUGUUGUGCUAAGAAAACAAUGCGUGAGCUAUUGUUGACCUUCCUAAUUCUUUAAAUUUUUAGUGACAGCCUUGAAAUGUGGUGACCCAUAAUCAAAUGUUCUAAACCACGUUUCAUGAUAGACUUUACUUCAUGACCAGUUACUUAGUGUCAUCAUCACCACAUAUUACUCUGCACGUGUACUUCAUACUAAAUUUUGCAUUUUAGAAAUGUUCUGAAGGCAAUACCUCAAGAAAUAUUUAUUUAUACAGAAAACAAAAGUUUAGUUCUAUUGAAAUUUAAACUUGCUUCUCUCUACAUUGCUUUGCAUAUUUCAAAAAAGAAAAUAUAUUCAAUGGCAUUUUUAUCGACCACUUAUAUAUACAUAGAUACAUACACACAUUCUCUUUGGCAAAAUUUUUUUCCAGCAUGUUUUAAGAAAUUUUUUUUAAAGUCCUUGCUCUGCUCUUUUUAAAAAUGGUCUCAUUCAAAGUUGUGACAUAUGGGGUGAUGAUAUGGAGAAACUCUCCUAAGUUUGGUUCGUCAGGAACUCUCUCUGUCUUUCUGAGACUUUUCUCCGAGGAUGUUUUGCUGCUUGUUUGGUUAUUUGUAUUUUGAAAUCAGGAUCUGUAGAUGUUCUUGUCUCUUCUGCCUUAUCACCACACUCUAAUCUGCUCACCCUGACCUUCCACCUUGAAGUGAAUAAGCGCUUAGGCAGGCAUAGUCCUGUAAGCCGAUAGUACUACCGGCCUCAGCUAAAUGAAAGGAAAGGAAAUUGUCCUUAUGCAUUGCUGUGGAUUCAUGGAUUGGCUUUCUGUGGUAGAGAAAGCUUGUUUGUAUCUUUGGGGUCUUAAACAUGCAUGGGAAACACCAUUCUAACAUGCUGCUUGCUUCUAAGCAGGAACGAAUGCAGGAAUUUGGGAACUGAGCUGUGCAAGUGCUGAAGAAGGAGAUUUGUUUGGAGGAAACAGGAAAGAGAAAGAAAAGGAAGGAAAAAAUACAUAAUUUCAGGGACGAGAGAGAGAAGAAAAACGGGGACUAUGGGGAGAAAAAAGAUUCAGAUUACGAGGAUUAUGGAUGAACGUAACAGACAGGUGACAUUUACAAAGAGGAAAUUUGGGUUGAUGAAGAAGGCCUACGAGCUGAGCGUGCUGUGUGACUGUGAGAUUGCGCUGAUCAUCUUCAACAGCACCAACAAGCUGUUCCAGUAUGCCAGCACCGACAUGGACAAAGUGCUUCUCAAGUACACGGAGUACAACGAGCCGCAUGAGAGCCGGACAAACUCAGACAUCGUGGAGGCAUUGAACAAGAAAGAAAACAAAGGCUGUGAAAGCCCCGAUCCCGACUCCUCUUAUGCACUCACCCCACGCACUGAAGAAAAAUACAAAAAAAUUAAUGAAGAAUUUGAUAAUAUGAUCAAGAGUCAUAAAAUUCCUGCUGUUCCACCUCCCAACUUCGAGAUGCCAGUCUCCAUCCCAGUGUCCAGCCACAACAGUUUGGUGUACAGCAACCCUGUCAGCUCACUGGGAAACCCCAACCUUUUGCCACUGGCUCACCCUUCUCUGCAGAGGAAUAGUAUGUCUCCUGGUGUAACACAUCGACCUCCAAGUGCAGGUAACACAGGUGGUCUGAUGGGUGGAGACCUCACAUCUGGUGCAGGCACCAGUGCAGGGAACGGGUAUGGCAAUCCCCGAAACUCACCAGGUCUGCUGGUCUCACCUGGUAACUUGAACAAGAAUAUGCAAGCAAAAUCUCCUCCCCCAAUGAAUUUAGGAAUGAAUAACCGUAAACCAGAUCUCCGAGUUCUUAUUCCACCAGGCAGCAAGAAUACGAUGCCAUCAGUGAAUCAAAGGAUAAAUAACUCCCAGUCGGCUCAGUCAUUGGCUACCCCAGUGGUUUCCGUAGCAACUCCUACUUUACCAGGACAAGGAAUGGGAGGAUAUCCAUCAGCCAUUUCAACAACAUAUGGUACCGAGUACUCUCUGAGUAGUGCAGACCUGUCAUCUCUGUCUGGGUUUAACACUGCCAGUGCUCUUCACCUUGGUUCAGUAACUGGCUGGCAACAGCAACACCUACAUAACAUGCCACCAUCUGCCCUCAGUCAAUUGGGAGCUUGCACUAGCACUCAUUUAUCUCAGAGUUCAAAUCUCUCCCUGCCUUCUACUCAAAGCCUCAACAUCAAGUCAGAACCUGUUUCUCCUCCUAGAGACCGUACCACCACCCCUUCGAGAUACCCACAACACACGCGCCACGAGGCGGGGAGAUCUCCUGUUGACAGCUUGAGCAGCUGUAGCAGUUCGUACGAUGGGAGCGACCGAGAGGAUCACCGGAACGAAUUCCACUCCCCCAUUGGACUCACCAGACCUUCGCCGGACGAAAGGGAAAGUCCCUCAGUCAAGCGCAUGCGACUUUCUGAAGGAUGGGCAACAUGAUCAGAUUAUUACUUACUAGUUUUUUUUUUUUUUUCUUGCAGUGUGUGUGUGUGCUAUACCUUAAUGGGGAAGGGGGGUCGAUAUGCAUUAUAUGUGCCGUGUGUGGAAAAAAAAAAAGUCAGGUACUCUGUUUUGUAAAAGUACUUUUAAAUUGCCUCAGUGAUACAGUAUAAAGAUAAACAGAAAUGCUGAGAUAAGCUUAGCACUUGAGUUGUACAACAGAACACUUGUACAAAAUAGAUUUUAAGGCUAACUUCUUUUCACUGUUGUGCUCCUUUGCAAAAUGUAUGUUACAAUAGAUAGUGUCAUGUUGCAGGUUCAACGUUAUUUACAUGUAAAUAGACAAAAGGAAACAUUUGCCAAAAGCGGCAGAUCUUUACUGAAAGAGAGAGCAGCUGUUAUGCAACAUAUAGAAAAAUGUAUAGAUGCUUGGACAGACCCGGUAAUGGGUGGCCACUGGUAAAUGUUAGGAACACACCAGGUCACCUGACAUCCCAAGAAUGCUCACAAACCUGCAGGCAUAUCAUUGGCGUAUGGCACUCAUUAAAAAGGAUCAAAGACCAUUAAAAGAGGACCAUACCUAUUAAAAAAAAUGUGGAGUUGGAGGGCUAACGUAUUUAAUUAAAUAAAUAAAUAAAUCUGGGUCUGCAUCUCUUAUUAAAUAAAAAUAUAAAAAUAUGUACAUUACAUUUUGCUUAUUUUCAUAUAAAAGGUAAGACAGAGUUUGCAAAGCAUUUGUGGCUUUUUGUAGUUUACUUAAGCCAAAAUGUGUUUUUUUCCCCUUGAUAGCUUCGCUAAUAUUUUAAACAGUCCUGUAAAAAACCAAAAAGGACUUUUUGUAUAGAAAGCACUACCCUAAGCCAUGAAGAACUCCAUGCUUUGCUAACCAAGAUAACUGUUUUCUCUUUGUAGAAGUUUUGUUUUUGAAAUGUGUAUUUCUAAUUAUAUAAAAUAUUAAGAAUCUUUUAAAAAAAUCUGUGAAAUUAACAUGCUUGUGUAUAGCUUUCUAAUAUAUAUAAUAUUAUGGUAAUAGCAGAAGUUUUGUUAUCUUAAUAGCGGGAGGGGGGUAUAUUUGUGCAGUUGCACAUUUGAGUAACUAUUUUCUUUCUGUUUUCUUUUACUCUGCAUACAUUUUAUAAGUUUAAGGUCAGCUGUCAAAAGGAUAACCUGUGGGGUUAGAACAUAUCACAUUGCAACACCCUAAAUUGUUUUUAAUACAUUAGCAAUCUAUUGGGUCAACUGACAUCCAUUGUAUAUACUAGUUUCUUUCAUGCUAUUUUUAUUUUGUUUUUUUGCAUUUUUAUCAAAUGCAGGGCCCCUUUCUGAUCUCACCAUUUCACCAUGCAUCUUGGAAUUCAGUAAGUGCAUAUCCUAACUUGCCCAUAUUCUAAAUCAUCUGGUUGGUUUUCAGCCUAGAAUUUGAUACGCUUUUUAGAAAUAUGCCCAGAAUAGAGAAGCUAUGUUGGGGCACAUGUCCUGCAAAUACGGCCCUAGAAACAAGUGAUAUGGAAUUUACUUGGUGAAUAAGUUAUAAAUUCCCACAGAAGAAAAAUGUGAAAGACUGGGUGCUAGACAAGAAAGAAGCAGGUAAAGGGAUAGUUGCUUUGUCAUCCGUUUUUAAUUAUUUUAACUGACCCUUGACAAUCUUGUCAGCAAUAUAGGACUGUUGAACAAUCCCGGUGUGUCAGGACCCCCAAAUGUCACUUCUGCAUAAAGCAUGUAUGUCAUCUAUUUUUUCUUCAAUAAAGAGAUUUAAUAGCCAUUUCAAGAAAUCCCAUAAAGAACCUCUCUAUGUCCCUUUUUUUAAUUUAAAAAAAAUGACUCUUGUCUAAUAUUCGUCUAUAAGGGAUUAAUUUUCAGACCCUUUAAUAAGUGAGUGCCAUAAGAAAGUCAAUAUAUAUUGUUUAAAAGAUAUUUCAGUCUAGGAAAGAUUUUCCUUCUCUUGGAAUGUGAAGAUCUGUCGAUUCAUCUCCAAUCAUAUGCAUUGACAUACACAGCAAAGAAGAUAUAGGCAGUAAUAUCAACACUGCUAUAUCAUGUGUAGGACAUUUCUUAUCCAUUUUUUCUCUUUUACUUGCAUAGUUGCUAUGUGUUUCUCAUUGUAAAAGGCUGCCGCUGGGUGGCAGAAGCCAAGAGACCUUAUUAACUAGGCUAUAUUUUUCUUAACUUGAUCUGAAAUCCACAAUUAGACCACAAUGCACCUUUGGUUGUAUCCAUAAAGGAUGCUAGCCUGCCUUGUACUAAUGUUUUAUAUACUAAAAAAAAAAAAAAUCUAUCAACCAUUUCAUAUAUAUCCCACUACUCAAGGUAUCCAUGGAACAUGAAAGAAUAACAUUUAUGCAGAGGAAAAACAAAAACAUCCCUGAAAAUAUACACACUCAUACACACACACGUACAGGGGAAAAAAAAUAAGAAAAUCAUUCUCCUCACCAUAGACUUGGUCCCAUCCUUACAACCCAUCCUUCUAACUUGAUGUGUAUAAAAUAUGCAAACAUGUCACAAAUGUUCUUCGUCAUUUCAAAAUACUUUAGUAUAUCAAUAUCAGUAGAUACCAGUGGGUGGGAAAGGGUCAUUAUAUAAAAAUAUGAAGAAAUAGCCAUAUUAGUUUUUUAACCUGCAAUUUGCCUCAGCAACAAAGAAAAAGUGAAUUUUUAAUGCUGAAGAUAAAGUAAGCUAAAGUACCAGCAGAAGCCUUGGCUAUUUAUAGCAGUUCUGACAAUAGUUUUAUAAGAACAUGAAGAGAACAAAAUCAUUCGAAAAUGGAUGCCAGUCAUCUCUUGUUCCCACUACUGAAUUCUUAUAAAGUGGUGGCAAGAUAGCGAAGGGAUAAUCUGAGAAUUUUUUAAAGAUGAUUUAAUGAGAAGAAGCACAAUUUUGAUUGUGAUGAGUCACUUUCUGUAAACAAUCUUGGUCUAUUUUUACCCUUAUACCUUAUCUGUAAUUUACCAUUUAUUGUAUUUGCAAAGCUAGUAUGGUUUUUAAUCACAGUAAAUCCUUUGUAUUCCAGACUUUAGGGCAGAGCCCUGAGGGAGUAUUAUUUUACAUAACCCGUCCUAGAGUAACAUUUUAGGCAACAUUCUUCAUUGCAAGUAAAAGAACCAUAAGUGGCAUUUUACACAACUGCGAGUAUUGUUAUAUCUAAUCCUAUUUUAAAAGAUUUUGGGUAAUAUGAAGCUUGAAUACUGGUAACAGUGAUGCAAUAUACGCAAGCUGCACAACCUGUAUAUUGUAUGCAUUGCUGCAUGGAGGCUGUUUAUUUCAACCUUUUUAAAAAUUGUGUUUUUUAGUAAAAUGGCUUAUUUUUUCCCAAAGGUGGAAUUUAGCAUUUUGUAAUGAUGAAUAUAAAAAUACCUGUCAUCCCCAGAUCAUUUAAAAGUUAACUAAAGUAAGAAUGAAAAAACAAAAUUCCAAGACACUUUUUAAAAGAAUGUCUGCCCUCACACACUUUUAUGUAUUUGUUUUUCUUACAUACCCAUCUUUUAACUUAGAGAUAGCAUUUUUUGCCCUCUUUAUUUUGUUGUUUGUUUCUCCAGAGAGUAAAUGCUUUGUAGUUCUUUCUUUAAAAAACAUUUUUUUAAAGAAGAAGCCACUUGAACCCUCAAUAAAGGCUGUUGCCUAAGCAUGGCAUACUUCAUCUGUUCUCGUUUGUGCCAUCUGCCGUGAUGUCGUCACUUUUAUGGCGUUAAUUUCCUGCCACUACAGAUCUUUUGAAGAUUGCUGGAAUACUGGUGUCUGUUAGAAUGCUUCAGACUACAGAUGUAAUUAAAGGCUUUUCUUAAUAUGUUUUAACCAAAGAUGUGGAGCAAUCCAAGCCACAUAUCUUCUACAUCAAAUUUUUCCAUUUUGGUUAUUUUCAUAAUCUGGUAUUGCAUUUUGCCUUCCCUGUUCAUACCUCAAAUUGAUUCAUACCUCAGUUUAAUUCAGAGAGGUCAGUUAAGUGACGGAUUCUGUUGUGGUUUGAAUGCAGUACCAGUGUUCUCUUCGAGCAAAGUAGACCUGGGUCACUGUAGGCAUAGGACUUGGAUUGCUUCAGAUGGUUUGCUGUAUCAUUUUUCUUCUUUUUCUUUUCCUGGGGACUUGUUUCCAUUAAAUGAGAGUAAUUAAAAUCGCUUGUAAAUGAGGGCAUACAAGCAUUUGCAACAAAUAUUCAAAUAGAGGCUCACAGCGGCAUAAGCUGGACUUUGUCGCCACUAGAUGACAAGAUGUUAUAACUAAGUUAAACCACAUCUGUGUAUCUCAAGGGACUUAAUUCAGCUGUCUGUAGUGAAUAAAAGUGGGAAAUUUUCAAAAGUUUCUCCUGCUGGAAAUAAGGUAUAAUUUGUAUUUUGCAGACAAUUCAGUAAAGUUACUGGCUUUCUUAGUGA